AUGACUGGUGAAACCACUAAGCCUAAGGAUCUCAACAAAAUAUUUAAUACUAGUGAUCUGGUGAUAAUUAGUAAAUAUGGUAUUCCUGCUCCCCAAAAUUGGAGAGGAAGUACUAAACAAGAUCUUGAGGAUGCGCUGGAUAUUACAAAUGAUGAAAUUAAGAGUCUUACAGGGAAAAUUAAUGGCCGCAGCAGAAAACAAAAUCCCACAACAGAGGAUAGAAAAGAAAUUGCAGAACUGAAAAAAGAGAAAGGCACACUUUACAAAUAUAAAAAUAACCUGCUAACUACUAUUUACUCUACGCCUUCGUCUUCGUCUCACACUGGAUCUGGUCUGCCCGCAGGGGCGGGACUGCUGCGCUCUGAGGAUAUAAUAGAUCGUAUUAAGAAACUGGGUGGAGAGAUUACUGGAGGAAACAUGAAUAAAGUACCAGAAUUUCUUUAUAUUGCUAAGCAGCUAAAUAAAUCCGGUAUUCUUCCAACAAAAGAAAUGGACCAACUACUACGUAGAUCAAGCGGUUUUGUUGUUGUCUAAACUCUAAAUAAAUGGAUCUUAACAAAAUGAGAAUAUAUUUAUUAAAACAGAUUGAAUCUGGUGAAGCUACUGAUAAUGUUCGUCGAUCAAUCAAGGAAGGAGAACGACUAAAAAAUGUUUAUAAACAAACAUCUCUUAAUAUAUUUGAGCCACUUUUGGCUUCACAGGGUCAAACCAAAGACAAGAACGACUAAAAAAUGUUUAUAAACAAACAUCUCUUAAUAUAUUUGAGCCACUUUUGGCUUCACAAGGUCAAACCAAAGACACGAUAGUAGAAGGGUUUGACGCCAUAAUUCAACGUCUUGGUCGGUAUCUCGAUUCCAACGAAGCGGAACGAGCAAAGCUAGCGAGUGAACGAGCAAAGAAAAAGGGAAUACAACAAAUACAAGAGUCCACGGCGCAAGCACUUGGUGAGCCAAUCACUCAACCAACAUCAAUUCAAAAAGCGGUUGAAGAGGGAAUAGCCAAAAUACAACAAGCUGCAGUGGAAAAAACCGCCGAGGCGGCAGCUAAGUCUCCAUCUGUGCUGGGGAGUCUGAAAGGAAUGUGGAAUGAGUCCCAAGCGUUAUAUGAAGCGGAUAAGGAAAAAGAACAACAACGAAAACGUGAGGAAAAACAGCGGCAAGCAGCUAUUGAAAUGGAAGAAUUUAAAUCUCAACUUCGACGAGAAGAACUUCAACUGCAACGGGAAUUAAACCAGGAAUCAUUAAGAUCCGUGGUUGAUCAAGCUCGAGAUUCUAUCAAUCAAGCAGUACAAGAGGGAAUAACCCGUAUUCAAGACUCUACCCAGUCACAUGAAGAUGCAAUACUUGGAAUACAAAGAGCAGCAAACCAAGCAAUAAAGGACAUUAAAUUUGCAAAGGAGUACUAUUCAAAAUCAGGCACUACUAAUGCACUCACUGCAAAUGCAAGUACUAAUACUCUUGAAGCUCCUCCACAACCUCUAUCAUACCAACCUCCAGCCACAAUUACAGCAGAUGACUUACUUCCAGAACUACCAGUGGUUCCAUCAGCUAGUCCUCGCACUCCCGUGUUAGAUGCAGAAGAAUUACAACGACGUUUGGAAAAGUUACAAGAAGGAACUCCUCCUAUGGACCUCUCAAAAUUAAGAGGUGAGGUAGAGCGAUUAGAGCCAUCACAGAGUGUGGCAUUUACUGAAUUGCCUGGAGCACCAGCAGUGCCGCAGGAAAGCCCUCGCAAAGCAGGCGGUCCUCGACGCCGACAGAUGGCAAUGAGAUUUGGGGCACAACCAAUGCCUCAAGCUCCAACUCCACCAAUAAUUCCUCCAGGAAAAUCAUCAGUGGGAACAGCAGUUGGAGCAGAGGAAAUACCACAGAUUACAGCAUCUGAUAUCCUUCCCCAAGCACCAACUCCACCAACCCCCGCACGAUUUCCUUCAGUACUACCUUCAGUUCCACCUUUAGUUCCACCUCCACUACUUGAAAGACCAUUUGUUUUCUCAAGUCAAUUACAGCCGCCUGCUCCUGCAGCGCAGUUUCAAUCUAUGUCAUUGCCGCAAUCCCCAUUUUCUACAGCAUUUACAAGUUUACCGCCUCAAUCCAAUAUUAAACCGUCUCAACCAUCUGAGCCAUACCUACCAAGUCCUCAAGGUUAUUCUCUACCUCCCACUGACCGAGCUAAAAUAGAAAAAUUGUUUUAUGGAAAGCCGCAGGAACCGUUAGGACCGUCAGGACCGUCAGGACAGCCUAAACCUAAAAAUUCCAGAGAAGAAAUGGAAGAAAGACGAGCAAGAAUUAUAUCAGACAUGGGUUAUCCUUCUAUAGAUGAAUUAGAAGGCAUACUUUCAAUAGAUGAUGUUUACAGAAUGAGAAACGAACUUAAAAAUGAUAUAAGAAUACAAACAGGUAAAUUAGUUGGUUUACAGAAUAAGAAAAAUAAAACUACAGAAGAUAAAAAUAAUAUCACCAUGCAAAAGGAACUUACGGAUACUAUGGUAAAAUAUCGUAAUAAACUGCUUGAACAUCUUAAGUUUCUUGAGCAAACAAAACUUGAAGAAGGCGACGAAGGAGACGAGGAAUCAGAUGAUGAAAUAUUCGGAGAAGGGCGAGUGAACCAGCGAGCCCGGCCAGGGCGAGCCCAGAAAGGUCAGGGUAUUAAGUACUUUAAUAGUCCCGCACAACUCUUUGACAGACUUGAAUUACUUGCUGGGAGUAUCUCCGCUGGAAAUAACGGUGUUGCAAAUGAGUUUACUGAAAUUGCACACGUUCUA